AUGGUAUACGCAUACGCGCGUAAAUAUACGCGUGUAUUUUCAGCUAAAAUUUUCUCUUACGAUACGGUGCGUAAGCGUAUACGCUGCAGGCGACUAAUACAGAGUCAAGCAUCCUGGUUCGUCGUCUCCGGAAGCAACUUCAUCAUCGACGCGCACAAUGUAGGCGGGAUAAAUGGGAACGGUCAAGUGCGGUGGAACUACUUCACCUCCCACACCCGUCAAGACGGCGACGGCCGUCCUCUCUCCCUCACCCUCCUCCAAUCCACCCACGCACAAAUACGCAACUUCUAUAUUCAAUCUCCACCGUUCUGGUGUAAUACUGUGGCGAUGUCGAAGGAUGUGGUGUAUGAUGGGAUGGUGUAUAAUGCUACGAAUGGGAAUGAGGAGUUUUUUGGGCAGAAUAUCGUACCGAAUACGGAUGGAAUGAACACGUACAGAUCAGACAAUGUCAAGCUUCUCAACUGGGACGUGACAUGUGGAGACGAUUGUCUCGCAGUAAAAGGUAAUACGACGAACCUUCACGCGAAGAACUAUACAUGUCGUGGCGGCAACGGUGUUGCGUUUGGGUCGUUGGGGCAAUACGUUGGAUUGAACGAUAUUGUAGAGAAUGUGACACUUGAGGAUUUCACGCUGCUCAGGAUUAACGCGAGUAUCCAACCAAACAUGAACAAUGGAGUGUAUUUCAAGUCGUGGACAGGAACUGUGAACGGAGAACCUCCGAGUGGUGGAGGUGGCGGGGGUGGCCAUGUAAGCAAUGUAACGAUGAAGAACUUUUCCUUGGACCAAGUAGACUUGCCAACGCACUUGUAUCAGACUAAUGGAGGGCAUUCGGGCGAUACACCCUCGUUCCUCCAAUUCGGCGACCUGCACUAUGCAGACUGGGCAGGGACGUCAACGUCAAAUAGACGGGUCGACAUAGAGUGCAGCGCAAACGCACCUUGUCCGGACAUCACGUUCCAAGACUUCUCCAUCUCUACGCCGAACGACCAGUCUCCGCAGUUCAUUUGUGACAAUGUGGAGAGUAUAUCUGGGCUUCCAGGUGUGUUUCUUUGGUUUCUUUUAGUCUGA